CAUCACUCGACUAGACCAUACCACAACGCCCUCCAUUACGCCUUUUGUGCUUGACAAUUGAGCACACGGCAGCCAUUCGCUUGCGCAUUGACAACUCUCGAGCGACUCUCUCAGGUCCGGCACAUGGAUUCCUCUCUGCAAGAGGUCUGGCAAGCUGCUGCAGGCAGUCCCUUUCUCCCCACUGUCGGCAAAGGUAGCCAAUUCCUGGUUGGAUUCGUGCUGCUGGCGAACGGGCUCGUGGCGACGGGAAUAUUUGCGCUGAAUCGCUCGUUGGUCAACCUCACGACGCUGGGUAUUCCAGCCUCGCUGGCGAUCGCAUUUGGAGUCGUUUAUAUGUUCUGUGCAGUCGGAGUCUACGUCUGAGAUACCCCGACCCUCAAGCACGCCGACCGGACACCUGUAUAUUAGUUGGAGACGAGAAAGAAGCGCCGCCGAGCCCAUUGUGAUCUGAUUUCUAGUUUGCCUCCUCUCAGCCCUGUGUUGCCAGUUAGGGCAGACCUUUGAUCGAACACUGUCAUGGCGCCGGAUGCGCCCCCGAUCCUGCGAGCUGUGGCCACGUCCACGCGGCCCAUGUACCAGCUUCUGAGAUGCAUCAACUUCGCGCCACGAGUCCAUGUCCAGAUUACAGAGGAAGGCAUACGAUUUGCGUCCGACCAUGCGCGUGUUAUGCAAGGCGUUGCUUUUCUGGACAAGGCCCUGUUCUCUUCGUACUCUGUCAAUCUUCCCCCAGCCGAGGAUGGGGAAGCACCGGAGCUCCCCAACUUCCAGAUAUCUCUGGCAUCAUUCCUCGAGGUCCUCCAGAUCUUUGGGGCUGUCGACGUGGCAACACGGGCGCAAAAGGCCGAAGCAGACCCGUAUCGGAGCAACCUGCGCAACUACAAGCCUGAUGCGUUUAGUAACCAGACUUUGGGCAUCUCUGGGACUUGCACCUUACUUUAUGGAGAGGAAGGGGAUCCGUUCAAAAUUACCAUCGAGGAGUCGGGCGUCAAGACCACGGCUGGCUUGAUGACUUACCUGCCCGAGGUGCCUGAAGAUAUCCCGUUUGACCGGACCGACCUCUCAUUCAAGAUCAUCAUGCAGUCGCGCACUCUUUUGGACUCACUGGCAGAGAUUUCUCCCACAUCGCCGGAGAGACUGACCAUCACCGCUGUCAAGACGACGCCUUAUCUGUCUCUGGCCGGGACCAGCGAUCUCGGUAGCUCUGGGGUGGACUUUGCGCGAGGCAGGGACUUGCUCGAGACAUUCAACAUUGCCAGCCGAUGGUCGCAGACAUUCAAAUUUGACUUUAUCAAGAGCUCGACCGAGGCGAUGCGCAUUGCGAGCAAGGUUAGUCUACGGGGUGAUGGGCAAGGGGUUUUGAGCUUGCAGUUCAUGGUCGACAUGGAAGGAGGAAAGCGAAGCUUUCUGGACUUUCGAUUCGUUCCGUUCAUGAUGCAUGAGGAGGAGGAGGGCGCGGGAGCUGAGGGGGAAGAGGAUUGA